UGCUACAUGUGGUACAUAUAAAACUAUUUAGCUACUGCUCAAUGGCAAAACAAAAUAUUUUAAAACGCUGUAUGGCAGCGAUAUUUAGCCCAAUAAUGAAGAUAUGUACUUGCUUUAAAAAGCUUAAGUUCGCUAAUAUUAAAAAAAAGAAUGUUAGUGUGGAUGAUAGCAUGUUUCACAAAGAAAAAAUCAUAAUACUCAGCUUUGAGUUGAAGAACAAAAUUUUGCCCCUUGAGAAGAGGGCUCUUGCUGCUUAUAAAAUGGGUCUGUUGGCUUUCACAGGAGGACCAAUGGCAGCAAAAUUGGUAGCUGGAUACAUUAAUGAUGCAGUUGCAAUCUUGGAAAAUGAGAAUGUUACUCCUCAUGUUAAGAUCCUACUACUACAAAGCGUAUGCAGUUGGUGCUAUUUAAAUAUUCAUGGCCAAAAGAAAGCCAGACUCAUAAAUAUGCUUCCCAUUCUUGUGUCUUUGCUAGAGGAUGAGCCUUCCAGUCCCCAGUCAAUGAAACCCUUUCUGCUUGUCAAAUUCUGGUCUUGCUAUCUUCUUACUGUCAUUAUUUGUAACGACACAGAAGCCAUUCGGGAGCUUGAGAAAUAUUAUACUUUGAAGUAUUUACUCAAAAUUUUAGCACUUGAGAAUUGGCAAGGAUGGCCUGAGAAUUUUGCUGAAGUCUUGUUCUUCCUGAUGAGCUAUUACCGGAGUUAAUUGGGCUAUUUAAAGGAAACAAGAGUCAGAAAAAUGUAGUUUCCUGACGUAAAACACUAGUUUUCUUUUGCUUGCCUUGUAUUAUGUUGGUAGUAGAAAGCAAUAAUAAAAAUGAAUGGUAUUCCCCAAA